ACCGAACUCAGCGCGCGCCCUCCUUCACCUUAUCCGCCGCUAUGUCCUGAGCCGCCCAUCUAUGCCGCCGCCGCCGACGGGCUGGCUCCUCCUCCAUGGCUCCACCCAUGCGCCCCCUCCCAAUCUCCAUAGCCUCCAACGACCAACUCCAUCUCCUGCCUCCUGCAACUAGUCCUGCCAGUGCGCCGCGUCCGCCGCCGGUGAAUGCCCUUUGCAAGGACUGCCCCUAGCCCCUCUGCUCCGGUGCUCCUCGGUCGUCCCCGGCCCUUUGCCUGGUCGCUAGGGACGUGCUACUCCACGCCUGCUCCUACCGGGGGCCGCCGCCUGCCGCGUCGGCUCUGGCGCUUUGUUCCGGCCAAUCCCGGGCUGCUCGCCUGCUUGGCCGGACUCUGCCGCCCAGGACUUGCUGUCAACAAACAGCAAGCAGGCUGGGACAGGGAAAAAGAAGAGGAAGAUAUAUUUCAUUGCAAGUUUCAACACCCAGUGUUUCAGUUGGACUGAAUCAACUCCAGAAAUUGGAACAACCAUAGAUUGGACCACCGCCUUUGGCUUCAAACAACCCGCCUUCAAUCUCAACUCGAGAAAGGCGAUGGAUCGAGGUUGGAUGAGUCAGCCAAGAGCUAGUGCUGCUUACAAAGAUGGUGUCGAGCAAUUUCUGUCUUUUGCAUUCCAUGAUGUUCCGGCUGGUGAUAGAAUUCUCUGUCCUUGUGUAAAUUGCCGAAAUAAAGGUAUGCAGAGUUAUGAUGGAGUGAAAACUCACUUGAGAUGUGAUGGUAUUCUUCAAGGUUACACUAAGUGGGUUUGCCAUGGAGAGGAUUACAGUGAACCAUCAUUUGCAUUUGCUCAUGUAUCAGAUAACAGUGGCAAUUUUUCUAUUCCUGGCAUCCCAAGGAAUGUUGUUGGAGAAGGCAAACAUGGAAGGAUGGAUGACAUGCCAGGACUCUUAAGUGAUGUCUUUGCUAUGGCUAACAGUUGUGAAUCUUUAUCAAGCACAUCUGAUGGUGAAUUAUAUGGCGUUGAAUUUGAGAAUAUGGUACCUAAUUCAGUUGAGGAUGAGAAUGCAGAUGCUCAAACAAGGAAGAAACCUAAUACGUAUGCAAGCUUCUUGGGGGAUGCAAACACAAAGUUAUACCCUGGAUGUAAAGCAUUUUCUAAGUUGUCAUUUCUCAUCACCUUGUAUCACAUGAAAUGCUUACAUGGAUGGUCACAAGAAUCAUUUACAAUGCUACUUGGUGUUUUGUCUGAUGCACUUCCACAGGCACAACUACCAAAGAAGUACUAUGAGGUACAAAAAAUCAUCCGUGACUUAGGCCUUGACUACGAGAAAAUUCAUGCAUGCCCCAAUGAUUGCAUGCUUUUCCGAGGUGAACGAGCUGAUCAAGAGUCUUGCCAUGUGUGUGGCAGCUCGCGUUGGGUUACAAAUGAGAAGAAAGACUCCCAAGCUGAAUCUGUAUCUAAGCAGAAGAAGAAACUAGCCAAGGUGUUGCGUUACUUUCCUUUGAUACCGAGGAUUCAAAGGCUCUUUGCAACAAGAAAAACAUCAGAUGACAUGUGUUGGCACGAUGAGGGUCGUACUAAAGAUGGAAAGAUACGGCAUCCAGCUAAUGGCGAGUGUUGGAAAGAUCUUGAUGCUAGAUACCCCAGUUUUGUUGUUGAUCCUCGUAAUCCGCGCCUUGGCAUUUUGAGUGAUGGAUUUAACCCUUUUCGGAGUAUGAGUUCAAAACAUAGUACUUGGCCAGUGAUGCUUAUCCCGUACAACCUACCGCCUUGGAUUUGCAUGAAAGAAACAUCUCUAAUUUUAUCGAUGAUCAUUCCUGGACCAGCUUCCCCUGGGAAUGACAUUGAUAUAUAUUUGCAGCCACUGAUUGAUGAGCUCUUACAGUUAUGGGAUGGUGUAGACACAUUUGACGCUUCCUCGUAGGAGAUAUUUCCACUCAAGGCUGCACAGUUAUGGACUUUAAAUGAUUUUCCAGCAUUAGCUUACCUGUAUGGUUGGAGCACAAGUGGUAAAUAUGGGUGUCCAUCAUGUGGUCCUUCUACAAGAUCAUUUCACCUGGAUAAGAGUAUGAAACUUUGUUAUAUGGGUCAUCGUCGUUGGUUACCACAGGGUCAUGUAUUUCGAAACCGAAGAAGGCAGGAAUUUGAUGGCACUAAAGAGACAGAAUUGGCACCGACAACUAUGAGUGGUAGUUCAGCUUUGAAAAUGUUGCAAGGCAGAGUGUUUGUGUUAGGCAAAAAAGGCAAUGUAGCAAAGAAAGCAAAGGGUGGAAAGAAGGUCAAAAACAGUGAAAAAGAAAAUGAAAAGAAUCAAGAACCGAAGCAUAAAAGGAAGGAAGGCAACAAGAAGUCAAUUAAGAACCAAGGUAAGCCUGAGAAGAAGCCUGAGGAUUGGUUCAAAAAAUCAAUAUUUUUCAACUUGCCAUAUUGGGAACUUAACAAGUUAAGGCACAAUCUCGAUGUAAUGCACAUAGAAAAGAAUGUGUUUGAUAAUUUAAUUGGAACAUUGUUGGAUAUUGAUUCUAAAACAAAGGAUGGCCUUAAUGCAUGGCUUGAUUUGGCAGAAAUUGGUGAAAAUGGAAUUCGACAUAAUCUUCAUCCUGCUAUAGAUGAUAAUGGAAAAGUAGUAUUGCCUGAUGCACCAUUGACUAUGUCUCCAAAAAAGCAAGAAAUACUUUGUUCAGUGAUGCACAAUAUUAGGACCUCCGAUGGAUAUGCAUCAAAUUUUUCUAGGCAUGUCAACAUGAAAGAUUGUACAAUCUCAGGUCUCAAAAGUCAUGAUUGUCAUGUUAUUCUGGAAGAUAUUCUUCCUCUAGCACUUCGAUCCUGUUACCCACACAAAGAGGUCAUGGAAAUAGUUAUCGGGCUGUCUAAUUUCUUCAAGAAACUAUGCUCGAAAGUGUUAUAUGUCUCUGAGCUUGACGAACUUCAAGAGAGUAUUGUGAUGACACUUUGCAAUAUGGAGAGAAUUUUUCUUCCAUCAUUCUUUACUAUCAUGGUGCAUCUAAUGGUGCACUUGGUUGAAGAAGUUACACUUGGUGGUCCAGUGCACUAUCGGUGGAUGUACCCCCUAGAGAGAUCAUUUGUUCGGCUGAAAGCACUUGUGCGCAAUAGAGCAUUUCCUGAAGGUUCAAUUGCUGAAGGGUAUCUUGCCCAAGAAUGCUUGACCUUUUGUUCAAGAUUUCUAGAAGGAACUACACGUUUUACAAGACCAUCAAGAAACCCUGAUCCUUCAGACAAGAUAACCGCUGCAGAUUCUGUCAUGACCUCAAGAGACAUCAAUGUACUGGGUAGCCGCCUUCCUAAUUGCAUCUUCCAUCUCGCUGGUACAGGAAGUAACAUAGUGCACUGAUUUAGCUGUGCUAACUCGGUCAUCGGGGCUUUGUAAUGUUUUACUAAGGCUUGACCCUUUGUUUAUUUCUAAUCUUGCUUGUAAAGAUUGUAUACUGACCUCAUGUUUUGCAAACUGAAAAUCUGAAGCAUCUCGUUGUAGAUUGUGUCAUGAGCUCAAGAGACAUCAAGGUGAUGUGUAGCCAUUUGCCUAAUUGAAUGUUCCAGCUCUCUGUAACAGUGUACGAGUUAGCUACGCUAGCUGUAGACCUGUACAUGCCAUGCCGCACUGAACUUUUGGUUGAGGUCUGUAGUUUUUGUUAAUUUGGCAGAUUAACGAUGGCGAGGAUACCAAGACGACUUUAGGACUUGAACCUUACAAUGCAUGAUGCAAAACAUGUGCAGCUUGCUGAAGAAAAUCUGCAAGGUCCUCCAAAGAUUGAUAAUAUAGUACCAGGAAGGUCUCAUGAAUCCACUAGCCAAAUCAAGAUAAUUUGGCCAAAUGGAGAGACGCGGCAGAUUGUAGGGGAAUUUCGGCUGAAGAAUUUAUCCCAGGUACAUGGUGGAAAGAUAAUUGUGGAGACUAACGAAAAAGGUGUUCCGAAUGAAAGGUCUGGUUCCAUUCUUAGUAGCUAUCUUAGCGACGUUGCAGAGAACUCCACAUUUGCACCACUGAACAUUCCAAGACGGGACAAUGAAUUAUUUGUCCAGAGAAAGAACAACAUGAUCAAGGAUGUAGAGGAGAAAUUUGUCUAUCCAUCUGAGACAAAGCAGCUUACACGAGACUGGGUCCUAAUGACUGUUUGCAAAAGAUGGAGAGCCUACAAAUCUCGCUUGAAGAAAAAAUAUUUCAAACGGAAAGAGAGAUCUCUCCAGGAAAUUAUUAGUGAUGUUCCAAUAGGUGUUAAUAAGCAUCAACGGGAGAUUCUAGUUGGAAUGUGGUGCCAGGAUUCACACAUGAAGUUAUGCGAGAAAAACUCAGAGUGUGCAAAGCAACAGAAGAAUCCACACACAACCGGGAGAAAAAGCCAUGUCAGGCUACAAAAAGAGAUGGAAAUCAAAAGGAAAGCACCGGUCCACAAGAUUGACCUAUGAGAUGAAGCUCAUAA